UGCAUUUUCAAUCACUAUUAGAAAAUGCGUGACGUAGCGAUGGAUGCGAAUGGGAAUGGGAAGCGUAAUCUUCCCCGAGUAGUUCUACAUCAACGAAUAAUGAGUACCGAUGAAACACCUAAAACCACAGAUUUGGACUUUGUUUAUGAUGAUGCGGAUACGCAUGCCAAUGAAAUUGCUGAAUUAUACAGCUACAAUGAACAGUGUGAAUUACAUGUUAAUCUUACAGCAUUCGAAGAACAAAUGGAAUCUUAUAAAUUGCGACCCUGGUGGCAAAAUAUGACAGAAGCUCAACAGAGAUCUGUGAUUUCCAAAUUGUUAGACCAAUUAGAAGUUUCUAAUAAACAGUUGAGAAUGAAAGCAGCUAGGUGUAUCUUGUAUUUAGCUCAAGGUUGUUGGGCUGGAGUACAGUCUGACAAAGAACAACAAGAAUGGACUAGAAUCAAUGUAAUGUUACUGUAUGAAGCUGGAGUAUUUCCAGCAUUUGUUGAACUUCUUAAUAUGGAAAUUGCGAAUAGUAGCAGAGCUGCCCCUGCAAUGAGAAAAAUAUCAGUUAGUCUUGAUGAUUCUGUUGAUUUAAGGGUAAUUCUGUCCGUUUUAUAUAUCAUAACCGAGGUAAUGAGAGAAGAAAUGAAAGAUUUAGAGAACAGUAUUUACAAAGAUAACAUUGAAUCUUUUAAAGAAGAUCUAAUACAUCCGUAUGGAGAGGAAUUGCUUAUAGUUAAGCUUCUCGGUAUGGUAACGUACCAUUGCAGUGGAUCGGCUCCACAUUUUCCUAUGAAAAAGGUUCUUCUACUCCUGUGGAAGUUAAUCUUAGUGUCCUUGGGUGGUAUUGAUACACUAAGAGAAUUGAAAAAACAAUACCGCGAGGAAGCCGGUCUUGAUACUCAGCAAGAAGAUACUUUAGAAGUUGCCAAGACCAUGAGAGCUAGCUCUCCUCCAGUUAGUGCUGCAGAUUUAAUAGAAACACAAAAUCAGAAAAAAAGUAAUCGAUCUUAUCGACGAUGUCUAAUGAAACAGAGUUCAUUGGAUGAACCAGGUUUAGGAAUGGAAUACGAAGGUGGAGAACUAGGAAAUAAUACCGGAAAUAAUGAAAGCGAAGGAGAAAUGAAUGUACUUAUGAAUCAGACUGGUUGGAAUCAAAAUUACUGUGAGGAACAAAAUAAUCAGCUACAAAUAAGGCCUAGUACUCCACAGCUCACCAAAGGAAAAAGUUUACCGUGGACGCCAAAAGUUAGACAAAAGGAUGUGGACACUUUUCUUGAAGUAACAAGAUUAAAGUUUGUUGGGUACAAUUUAGAAGGAGAUAGAGAAAGUUUGGCAGGAUUGCCUCAACCAAUCCACGAAGGUGUCAACACACUUAAAAAACAUAUGUACACAUCUUUAGCUGAAGUUCAAAUACAGAAAGAAGAGCAAAUGCUUAGAAACCCUAUAACUACUCCAAGGUUUCCGAUUCGUCAGACACCGACAGAAAUCGUUUAUCAUGCUAUAUUGCCGUUUGUCCCGCAGUAUAUGAUUGCAUUAUUAAAGAUUUUGUUAGCAACUGCACCAGCCAGUAAAGCUAAAACAGACACUACCAAUAUCAUGGCUGAUGUUCUGCCAGGACAAAUGCCCAUGACAGUAUUACAAUCAAUGAAACUCAGUAUCGAUGUAAAUAGGCAUAAGGAAAUAAUCGCUAAAGCUGUUUCUGCAAUUCUACUUCUUUUGUUGAAACACUUCAAGCUGAAUCAUAUAUAUCAAUUUGAAUUCAUGUCACAGCAUUUAGUAUUCGCUAAUUGCAUACCGCUCGUUUUAAAAUUUUUAAAUCAGAAUAUUCUAGCUUACAUUGAAGCUAAAAAUGUUAUUCCUAUACUAGAUUUCCCCAUGUGUGUUAUCGGUGAUCAGCCCGAGCUGACUAUAGAAAAUCUUGAAAUCGGGAAUAACCAAACGUAUUCGUGGAGAAAUGUAUUUUCCUGCAUUAAUUUAUUACGUAUACUUAACAAAUUGACGAAGUGGAAACAUAGUAGGAUUAUGAUGCUAGUCGUUUUUAAGUCGGCACCUAUAUUAAAACGUACACUAAAAGUUCGGCAUGCAAUGAUGCAAUUAUAUGUUUUAAAAUUGCUAAAAAUGCAAACGAGAUACUUAGGGCGCCAGUGGCGGAAGACUAAUAUGAAAACAAUCAGUGCAAUUUAUGCGAAAGUUAGACAUCGAUUGAACGAUGAUUGGGCUUAUGGCAAUGAUUUAGAAGCACGACCAUGGGACUUUCAAGUAGACGAGAGUGUACUACGUUCUUGCGUUGAUCGUUUUAAUAAUUUAAGAUAUACUAAUAUUCCUAAGGACAAAGAUAUGGAACCUGUUGAUACGUCAGUCACGUCGGUACUCGGUAUGAACGUGGAAUUAAGUGAUGAGUUUAAACAACAUUACGAAUUAUGGUUGCAGCAAGAAGUAUUUCAGAGAAGUAUUAAUUGGGACGAAUUGUUGGAUUCAUCGUCGUGUGAAAUUUAAAUUUUGAAUAAGUGUAAUAUAUAUAUACAUUAAAUUGAUAUUUUCGACAGUUCAUAGACCUGGAUGAAAUUUUGACAUUUUUACAAGUUACUAUCGUGAAGUGUUCAGAAAUGAAAAGAAACAAAAGACAUUGCCAUAUCGUUAUGUCAAAAAUAAAAAAAUAAAAAAACUGAAUUUUCAUUUGGUUUUUACACUUUGAACAGUGAAAGGUCCUAAUCUAACGAACGUUUAACGAAAAGACUAACGACUUUUCAGAGAUAAUUCAUAAGAAAUUGUGUCAUGUUUUUUUUGUUACAUUUGUUUGUGUGUAUUUAAUUUGUGAAAUACUUAUUGCUUCUGGCAAUAUUUUACUAUUACUAUUACUAGAGUUAUAAGUAAAUAUAAUAAUCGUCUCUUAUGUCAUUACGAUGAACUAAGAUAAAAUUUAUUCGAAUGUAUCGUUCAUACUCAACCAUCUUAGGUUUCUGUAAAUUAAUUUUUAAUAAUGUAACAAGAAAAACUACGAAUUGCAUACCAACUGAAACUUCCCGUAUUUUGUAUAAUUUUUAUAUGUACCCCCUUUUUCAUUACGACAAUGAUAAUAUUUAUCGUGAUAUAAUGGUAUUUACAAACAUAUAUGAAUGUUAACAUGUAUAUCGUAUAUUAAUUUAAUUCGAAACUGCAUUUUUUUAAAGAAAAAUUUGCUAAUUCUAUAUAAAUCAUGUACUUUUUGUUUAUUACUUAAUAUGGCAAAAAAUGCGUGUGACUUGUAUGCAUAUGAGUAGUUGGUUUCUUUAUAUAUAUAUAUAUGUAUGAUGCGUGAGUGUAUGUAUGUGUACAAGGGAGGGAGAGGGAGCUGAAUAAUUGUAUAAGUCGUACAAAAAUUUAUCAUACAAGAAUCAAUAAAGCACUUAUCCGGUGCUUUCCUAUCACGACAUUGUUUCAUUUAAAAAAUCAUAUACGUAAAACUGUAGAUUGUGCGAAUUAUAAACUGAAUAAUUCAACUUUCUCUUUAUUUAUUGUAAUGUAUUUUAAUGUAUAUUUAAAUAGUUCCAGCGCAAGAUAUCGCAUAAUUUAUGUUAUUUCUUCUAUUGUACAAAGUAUUUCAUGUGAUUGGCAUCAUGUUUAAAUCGUCAAAAGUAAAUAAAAAAAUGAUGAUCCACA